AUGCCCAUGCCCGCCCGCCCGCUUCCAGCCCUCUCAUGCCGGCCGGCCUGCGUCCCUGCACCGGUGCCCCAAUCAGCCGACUAUGCGGGGGCGGCGCCCUACUCAGAGCACCUGCUGGCGGAGGUGCUGCAGCAGCUGAGCGGCAGCUUGCACGGCAACCCGCACAGCGAGGCAGGGUGGGGCCCCGAGAGCCGGGGCGCAGCCGCCGAGGCGGCGCGGCUGGCGACACUGCGCAUGUGCGGCGCAGAUCCGGAGCGGUACCAUUGCAUCUUCACUGCCGGGGCCACGGCUGCCCUGAAGCUGGUGGGCGAGUCGUACCCCUGGGGCCCCGGCAGUACCUUCCUGUACCUGCGGGACAACCACAACAGCGUGCUGGGCGUGCGCCAGCUAGCGGCACAGCACGGCGCAGCGUGCACCGCAGCCGUGGAGCUGGCGUCGGCCGGCGCCGGCGGCUGCGGCGGCGGCGGCGAUGCCAGCGGCGGCUGCUGCGAGUGGGAGGUUGCGGCGAGCGGCAAGGAAGGCCGGUCGGCCCUCGCCGCCGCGCUGUCGGCAGGGGCGGCGGCGUGGGCGAGCAGCAGCAGCGGCGAGGAGCGUGUCGAGAGCGAGCGCGGCGGCAGCACCGGUGGCAGCAGCGAGGCGCAGCACCUGUUUGCAUUCCCACUGGAAAGCAACCUGACCGGGGCGAGGUACGAUGCAGGCCUGGUGGAGGCGGUACAGUGUGGCGCCCUGCGGGGCAUCCCGCCGGGCCGCUGGCGCGUACUGCUGGAUGCCGCCAAAGCCUGCGGUACCGCGCCGCCCGACCUGGAGGCUCACCCCGCAGACUUUGUGGUGCUUUCUUUCUACAAGAUCUUCGGCUACCCGACAGGCCUGGGCGCUCUCCUGGUGCGCAAGGAUGCGCUGCCCUGCCUGCGCCGCCGCUACUUUGGCGGCGGCACCGUGGAGGUGUCGCUGGCGGAUGAGCCCUUCCACAGGCAAGCCAGCCUGCGGGCCGGCCCUGCGGGAUGGGAGGACGGCACCCAAUCGUUCCUGGACUUUCCAGCUGUGACGGCCGGCCUGGCCUUCAUCCGCCGGCUGGGAGGCUUCCCUGCGGUGGCAGCGCAUGCCGAGGCCGUGGCCGCCAGCCUGGCACGCCAGCUCAGCAGCCUGCGCCACUGGAACGGCGCCCCGGUGUGCGUGCUGUACGGCGCCCGCGGCCGGCUGCUGCAGGAGCAGGGGCGCGAGCAGCAGCAGCAGGAGCACGGGACGCGUAGCCGGAGCCUGCCGCGGCGGCCCGGCGGCGUGGCGGGGCAGGGGCCGGUUGUGGCGUUCAACCUGCUGCGCGCCGACGGCUCCCCUGUGGGGCACCGAGAGAUGGAGAAGCUGGCCAGCCUGUCUGGCAUCCUUCUGCGCACCGGCUGCUGCUGCAAUCCGGGCGCCUGCGCCGCCGCCGUGGGGCUCAGCUCCGCAGACAUGCGGGCCAACUAUGAGGCGGGGCACGUGUGCUGGGACGAUCGGGAUGUGAUAGGCGGGCGCCCCACCGGCGUGGUGCGGGCCUCCUUUGGCUACGCCUCCAGCCUGGCAGACGCCGCCGCGCUGGCCGCGCUGGUGGCGCGGUACUGGGUGGAAAGCGCGGCGCAGGCGGCAUGCGCCGCGCCGGCGCCAGCGCCGGGCGCGUGCCGCCAGCAGACCGCCGCAGGCGGCCAGGCCGCGGCAGCGGCGGCUGCAGCCUCCCCUGCCGGCAGCAUAGAGAGCCUGUGGGUGUACCCUCUUAAGUCGUGCCGGGGCUUCUCACCGCCCACCUGGCCCCUAGGGCCCUCCGGCCUGCUCUACGACCGCUGCUGGGUGCUGGUUGACAGCGGCGGCGCGGCCCUAAGGCUGAAGCAGCACCCGCGCCUGGCAGCCAUCCAGCCGAGCAUCGACCUGCGCCGCCGCCGCCUGGUGGUGACGGCCCCCGGGGAGCGGCGGCCGCUGGAGGUGCCGCUGCCGGGCCCCGCGGCGGCGCCCGCUGGCGACGCCGCCGGCAGCGAGGAGCGUGAGCAGCAGCGGGAACAGCAGCAGGAGCAGCAGCAGGAGCAGCAGCAGCAGCAGCAGCAGGGGCCGGGCGCGGGAGGCGAGGGGGAGGGGACCAGCGUGCGGGUGUGCAGCCGCACAGAGUGCGCCUCGCGCGCCGCCGGCGCGGCCGGCGGCGAGGCCGAGGCGGCGGCCUGGUUCAGCCACGUGCUGGGCCUGCCCUGCCGCCUGAUGCAGCUGGCAGAGGGCGGCGGCCGCAGUGCAGGGGGCAGGCCCGCGCCAGGAGCGGCCGCGGGCGGCGGCGGCGGCGGCGGCGGCGGCGGCGGCGGCGGCCCGCCUACUCACAGCUUUGCCAACGGGGGCCAGCUGCUGGUGCUGGGGGCCGCCAGCCUGGCCGACCUGCAGGCUCGGGCCGGCAGCCAGGAGCCGCCCGCCACCUUUGCGCAGCGCUUCAGGCCAAACCUUGUGGUGGGCGGCGCCGAGGCAUACGCAGAGGACGGGUGGCAGCGGGUGGGCGUGGAGGCCGUCGCCGGCGGCAGCAGCGGCGGCGUCGCCGCGGUGGUUCUACAGAGCGUGGGGCCGUGCACGCGCUGCGACAUGGUCUGUGCCGACCCGCUGACCGGCAGGUGCGCACCGGCCCCGAGCCGCUGCUGA